CAGAGAGGCAAAGACGAUGUCUUUGAAAUACUGGCCCGUUCUCUGGCGCCGUCCAUCUAUGGUCACGACCACAUCAAGAAGGCGUUGCUUUGUAUGCUUUUAGGAGGUCUUGAGAAAGUGUUACCGAAUGGCACUCGACUUCGAGGUGAUAUAAACAUUCUCCUCAUCGGCGACCCCUCCGUAGCCAAGUCUCAGCUUUUGAGAUAUGUGUUGAACUGCGCGCCCAGAGCUGUGGCCACCACUGGUCGCGGAUCUUCGGGCGUUGGUUUGACGGCUGCCGUCACUACAGAUCCCGAAACUCGCGACCGCAGACUAGAGGCCGGAGCUAUGGUUUUGGCCGAUCGGGGAGUUGUCUGUAUCGAUGAGUUCGAUAAGAUGUCAGACAUCGAUCGGACAGCCAUUCACGAGGUGAUGGAACAGGGAAGGGUCACCAUCACUAAGGCUGGCAUUCACGCCAAACUCAACGCCCGCUGCUCUGUGUUGGCCGCCGCUAAUCCAGUCUACGGCAGAUACGAUCAAUACAAGACUCCGAUGGAAAACAUUGGACUCCAGGACUCGUUGUUGUCUCGAUUUGAUUUGCUAUUCAUUAUGUUAGACAAGAACGACACUCAGAUAGACAACGCCGUUGCCGAACACGUGGUUCGCAUUCACCGCUAUAGAGCUCCGGGAGAACAGGACGGCGAACCGCUUCCAAUCAUGAGUAACGCCGACUUCCUGACCACCAAAGACUCGGAGACUUUGGACAGAGACGCCGACGCAGAGACUCCUAUCUAUGAGAAAUACGAUGCCUUACUUCAUGGAAAUCGAAACAAAUCCGAUAAGAUUGUGAGCAUUCAAUUCAUGAAGAAAUACAUUCACAUCGCGAAAGCCAUUAAACCUAAGCUAACGAAAGAGGCGUGCGAUCUGAUUGCC